AUGGUGGGAGAGUCUCGCGGCGUCGGAGAAGGCAACGCACCCAAUCUGAAUGGCGGUGGCCGCGACGUCGAGAUGGUGAACUCGCACGGCCUGUGCGGUGGUACUCCCACGACUGGCUUCAUGGCUGGCAGCCCGUUUGGCCCUACCGAUCCGCGAGGCACCUUUGAGGCCGGAGGCGUGAUGCGCGUCACGUUCAAGAUCACCGCGUAUCACGCCGGCUGGGUCGAGUUCAGGCUCGCUGUGCCGGAGGACGGAGGCAUCGACAAGUCCAUCCCCAUCACACAGGACCUGCUCAACCAGCACGUCCUCGAGAUUGACGAUACCACUCCCUACUACGACAGCGUCAUCGACUAUGCCAGCGUGGCGGGCGACGUCAAAUGCCGCAUCACGGGCUCGCAAGCUCAUGUCGACUCGACCGCCUCCCAGUCGGCCAGCGAUACGUGGCCGAAGGGCUCAUGCUGCAACGGCGACGGCGACUGCAGCCCACCCUCCGAAAACCGCGACCGCUAUGUCAUCGAGCGCUCGCCAGACUCUCCCGAGCUCGGCGUCUAUGGGGUGACGGAAUACGUGGCCGUCCUCAAGGUUCCGCCUGGCGUCGUCUGCGAUCGCUGCGUUCUUCAGUGGUACUACCAGACCGCCAACUCGCCAAGCGGAUACCCGGAAGGCUUUUGGAACUGCGCCGACAUCGCCAUCAGGCCCGCAGGCGAGGCUGGCCCCUUUGGCUGCGCCAAGGCUGACGGCUCGCCGGACGCUGAAGCGCCUCCCGACUCCGACCCUAACGACGACCCAGCCUCUGGCGGCCCACCCACGGGAUAUAUUGGCUUCUGCGCGACGACCUGGGCAGAGUACGGCGAGAAUGCGCCGGCGACGUGCAUGCCCUGCAACGACGCGGCCGACUGCCCGGCCGGCCGCAGCUGCUGGGGCGAAACCUGGUGCACAAGUUCGACAAAGUGCGGCGAGACGGCCGAUUGCGGUGGUGCGCCGGCGCCGUCCCCAAGCUGCGGGCCAGCCACCGAGCAGGUCACCUGCGCCGCCACGCCGCAAGAGUGCUCCGGCUUCACUGCCGCGUGCGAGGCGUGGUGCGGCGACACGUGCACCGCCAGCUCCACCUGCGGGGUCGAGGACCCCGCCUACUCCUCAAUGCUCAAGAACGAGUGCUCGUGUGAUUGCUCGGGAUGCGGAAACGACACGCCCAUCUCGUUGAGCUGCUUUGAGCCCGACACGACGCCGCCGCCCUCCGCCUCGCCGUCGCCGUCGCCGCCACCCUCGCCAUCGCCACCCUCCGCCUCGCCGUCGCCGCCCCCGGGGCCGCAAGCCGACGAAGCAUGCGCCGAGCUGCGCCGGGUGGUUGAGUUCAUUUGCCCGGCGUCGACAGACUGA